GCAGAGCAAGAGUAAAGUAACACGAAACAGAACAGUUCCAUAGCCUCCUUUCUUUCACAAGUGUAUGCGAGCGUAUCCCUAAACUCCUAAGAGCCUCUGUUCAAUCAAAGUACUGAGGCUUCCCCAUCUUCUUCUUAAAGAAAAUUUUUAAAGAGUUCAUUUGCCAAUUACUAUGGCUUCUUCUUCUUCUUCUUCUUCCAUCUGUAUUCCUGAUCUAAAAUAUGAUGUGUUCCUUAAUUUUAGAGGAGCAGACACCCGCAACAAUUUUAUGAGCCAUUUCCAUUCAGCUUUGUGCAGCAAAGGUAUUAAUGUUUUCAUUGAUAACCAACUCAAAGGAGGAGAUCCAAUUUCAUCUCUUACAGAUGUUAUAAUUCAAAGCGCGAAGAUCUCAGUUACCAUUUUUUCAGAAGACUAUGCAUCUUCCCGAUGGUGUCUCGACGAACUUGCAAAGAUCAUUGAAUGCAAGAAGAAAUAUAGUCAGAUUGUAAUACCAGUUUUUUAUCACGUAGAUCCAUCAGAUGUUAGGCAUCAGGCUGGAAAAUUUGGGGAGCUUUUUACUAACAAUUACGACGAACGCUAUAAAGAUGAAGUGCAUAAAUGGAGGGAUGCUUUGAAGGAAACAGCUAAUCUAUCUGGUUGGCAUUUAGAUGAAACCAAGUCCGAAUCAAAACUUAUGGGGCAAAUUAUCAACGAUAUUCUGAAGAGAUUGAAAAAUAUGUUUUCAAGUGAUUACAAAGACUUGGUUGGAGUAGAAUCCACUAUCCAAAAAAUUGAGUCUUCAUUUUGGAGUGGGAUUAAUGAUCGUUGCAUUGUAGGAAUUUGGGGCAUCGGUGGUGUAGGUAAAACAACUAUUGCUACUGCGGUAUAUAACAAAAUAUCAAGUCAAUUCGAAAGUUCCUACUUUGCUCAGAAUGUUAGGGAAGAAUCACAAAAUCCUAAUGGACUAACUCAUAUGCGUGAAAAACUUCUUUCAAAAUUAUUAGAGAUAAGUAGGGAGCUCUGCCAUGGUACUCCCAAUAUGGGAAAUUCAUUUAUACAAAAUAUGCUUCUCAAGAAGAAGGUUCUAAUUGUUUUUGAUGACGUAACUUCUUUUGAACAAAUAGAAGUAUUAAUUGGAGAUCCUAAACAUUUGAGCUUUGGGAGCCGAGUCAUAAUAACAACAAGAGAUAGACAAGUGAUUGGAAAUUCUGGAGUUCAUGAAAUUCAUCCAGUUGAUGGAUUAUUUGAUCACGACGCUCUUAAACUUUUUAGUCAAUGUGCCUUCAAUCAAGAUAGUCCCUUGGCAGAUUAUACAAAAUUGUCAAACAAGGCAGUAAGAUGUGCAAAAGGUAUUCCAUUAGCUCUCAAAGUCUUGGGUCGACAUUUGCAAAAUAGGCAAAAACAAGAUUGGGAAAGUGCGUUGGAUAAAUUGGAAGAGUCUCCUCACAUGUAUAUUCAAGAGGUAUUAAGAAUAAGUUAUGAUGGGCUAAAUUAUGAAGAGAAGGAUUUAUUUCUAGAUAUUGCAUGUUUCUUCAAUGGAUGGAAAAAAUUUGUAGUAAAAGAAAUAUUUGAUUCUUUGGGCUUGCCUGUACAAAUUGGAUUAAGCGUUCUUAUCGAUAAGGCUCUCAUAACCAUAUCAAACAACAUCAUAACCAUGCAUGAUUUACUUCAACUAGUGGGUAGAGAAAUUGUUAAGCAAGAAUCUAUUCAUGAUCCUGGCCAACGCAGUCGAUUGUUCCAUCAUAACGAUAUCCACAGUGUAUUAUCAAGUAAUACGGGGACAAGAAAAAUAUUAGGUAUAUGCUUUGACAUGUCUAAUAUAAGAGAGAUACACUUAACUCCUCGUGCAUUCUCAAAUAUACUAAAUUUGAGAAUCCUGAUAGUGUAUAACUCAAUCAGAGAGAAGAAUAAUAUGAUUCAUGGUUUUGAUGGUAUUGAAUCAAACUUUAGAGAGCUAAGGUACCUCAGUUGGCAUGAAUACCCGCAGAGAUCAUUGCCAUCACAAUUUCAUCCUGAGCACCUUAAUGUACUUAAAAUGCAUCAUGGCAAACUUGAACAACUUUGGACUGGCAUUGAGAAUCUUGCAAAUUUAAAAUAUAUUGAUCUCAGCUACUCCAAUUAUCUACUUAAAAUCCCAGACCUCUCUCUUGCCACAAAUCUAGAGAGUUUGAUUCUAAAAGGUUGCAAAAAUUUGUAUGAGAUCACUCCUCCAUCUAUUCAAAAUGUUACAUCACUUGUUACUCUGAAUCUAGAAGAUUGCAGAAGCCUCACCAGUCUUCCUAUGGGCAUUCAAGCAAAAUCUCUUAGAUUUGUUAUUCUGUCUAGAUGCUCAAAUCUCAACACAACUCCAAAGAUCUCAAGUAAUAUGGAGCAAUUAUGGUUGGACGGAACUUCAAUAGAAGUAUUUUCAUCUUUGAUCGAAUAUCCUUCUAAACUAGAUGGUUUGAAUCUUGAGAAAUGUUUAAAGCUUGGAAGUCUCCCAAAGGGCUUUGAUAAGCUCAAUUCUCUUAAAUAUCUUCUGCUCUCAGGUUGUUCAAAUCUCAAGACUAUUUCAGAGUUACCAUGUGAAUUAGAAGAAUUAGAUUUAGAAGGAACUGCGAUUAAGGAAUUGCCGUCAUCAAUUACAUGUUUAUCCAAUUUAAUCCAAUUGAAGCUUAGAAAUUGCUCAAAGCUUGAGAGUCUGCCAGAGGGCUUCCAUAACCUCGAAUCUCUUGAAUGUCUUAUCCUCUCAGGUUGUUCAAAUCUCAAGACUAUUUCAGAGUUGCCAUGUGGAUUAGAAGAAUUGGAUUUAGAUGGAAGUGCAAUUAAGGAACUGCCAUCAUCAAUUACGUAUUUAUCCAAUCUAGUCCAGUUGAAGCUUAGAAAUUGCUCGAAGCUUGAAAGUCUCCCAAAGGGCUUCUCUAAGCUCGAAUCUCUUGAAUAUCUUUUCCUCACAGGUUGUUCAAAUCUCAAGACUAUUUCUGAGUUGCCAUUUAAAUUAAUAGAAUUAGAUUUAGAUGGAACAGCCAUUAAGGAAUUGCCGUUAUGUUUAGAUGAAGCCGCAAUAAAAGAAGUUACCUAAUCAACCAAAUAUAUAUAUGUUGGAGCCCAAUUUUAUCCUAGAAACUGUUCAAGCCUUGAGAGACGUCUAUUUAGAAUGGGAAUACUGAAGUCUCUUCAAUUUUCGGAUGCAUCUGGUUGUUCAAAACUCAGUAAAUUUGAAAAUUUUAAAGGCUAUGGAAAUUUACAAAGUUCAGAGAUGCUGGAAACUAAUGAAAUUUCUGAAAGAGAUGUUUUUUAUGUUGUAUUUUUGAGCAUCCUUUUGUUUUUGAGCAUCCUUGUUAUCUUUGGAAAGACUUAAGAGUCUAGAGUUGGUGGAUAUGCUAUCUGGUUCGCAGUUAUCUUUGGAAGUAAUUGCAGUAUCACGGUGUUGCCCAAGAUCAAGGUGUGGGCCUGUCGGGUGCUUCUAGUGAACGAUGGAAAGAAGUCAAAGAGUUCAAUCCAAGUACAAAUGAAACCAGCAGCCUUGCUAUUGUUGAUUGAGUGAAUUCGCUCAUGAUUUUGUUGGUUCAACAGUGGAUCUGAUUCCCCCAAUUAUGCAGAGUCCUGCUAAUAAAAUGGAAGUGGCCGUUGUGAUGAUGAAGAUAAAUGUGAGCCCCUCAUUUUAUUCUUAUAAAUUGUAUAUGUGUCUUAUGGAGUUGGUUGUAAGAAAGAGCGUUUCUGUCAGUUUUUUAGAUUUGUGUCAGGCGUGAAAACUAAAGGGAAUAAAAUCUGUUGGGUUUGCAUGUCAGAAGGGGAAAAAUCAUGAGACUUUUGCAAGGAAAAGCUGAUGUGGCGGGGUUUUAAGGGGAUUUCGUGAAUUUGAAGGGAACAAUGGUAAUUUUAAAGGAGUGUGAAAUAUAAAAAGGGCUGUGUCGCCCAAACAAAGAAAAUAGGAGAAGAAAACCCAGAGGAGAAGAGAAGAGAGCAGAGAGAGAAAGAAAAGAGAGGAAGGAGAGAAAGAAAAGAGAGUUGAAAAAAAGGGAAGAAGAGGGGCUGGCGGCGAGGAAGAGUGAGAGUGAAGUGAAAAAAAAAAAA